UGACAUCCUCAGAGCCCCCCGUGAGUUUAUCAAUAAAAGACCGGUCACUCACUCUCUCUGCUCAUCGGUGGUCAUAAUUUCUUCACGAUUAACAGUCGAAAAGACCGCUACAUUCCCUCAACCCUCUUAAAAAUCCUCUUCACCAUGUCGAAAACGGAUUCCGUCUCUGAAACCGUCACUCAAACCACUCGAUUUCUCCUAACCUCCUCUAACUACACCAUAUGGAUUCUUCCAAUGGCCGCCAAGCUUGAAGAUAUCGGAAUUCGGACCUAUUUCACUGGUGUUCUAAAAACCGAUGAAAAGACCCCGUCUGAAGAACUGGCUCAACUUGAAAAAUAAAUGUGAAAGCCUAUUCGAUGAUCAUACAGAACCUUGACUCGGAAAAUCUUGCUCUUGUUAGUACGACAAUGGCUCCUUCCGAUCACUUCAACGGUAAAGCUCUCUGGUCACUUUUGCGAAAGAAGUACGCAGGAUCGGAUCUAGCAGCUCGAUCCACCACUCUUGACGUCUUUCUUGAUCUCGAAUUUGAAGAUGUGAACUCAUUCUGUAAUUCAAUCAGACUUGCGAAUCAAAAACUUGUGCUUGCUGGGAUUAUGCUUGAUGAUCAAGUAAAAAUGAUGAUUAUGUUGAGGAAA